AAGGCCCGUCGAAACGAAGCAGCCAGAUUAAAACUGCAGCGGCGACCAGCUGACUGAGGACAUUUGCGUCAGCUGUGCGGGGGAGGUGAGGGGUAACGUAAAAUUUUUGGGCGUGUUUGCCAGCGAAAGAAAAGCGUGAAAAGUACGGAAAAUCGCAACGGAAUGAGCAUGAAAUAGUGCAGAAAGUGAACCAGUGACCAUGGUGAGAAGCACAAUCCUGGCCACCCACACACACACCCAGCAACCAGGAGCCGGCCUGGGACGGCUGGCAAUCACCAAGAAGCUGGUGCUCUGGUUGGUGCUGGUGCUGCAGGUGGGCUUCAUCGGCUGCAUAUGGCUGCUGCAGAUGAGCCGUGGACAGGAGUCACAGCAGCGAAGUGCAGUGGACCAGGCUGGCGGACGGGUGAACUUCGUGGCCAGCGGCGAGGCUCCUAGGGAAAAGACAUCCCUUGUGGGAGGAACCCACUGUCCGCAUCAGCAGGACAAUGUCAAUCGCUAUGACAGGGACUUUUAUCAAAUGAAGCCGGAACGACUGAACGAAACCCACCUGCCCGACUACCACGUGCCCGCCUAUGUGGACGCGGAGAUGGGCUUAACGCCCGCCCUCUGGUGCUAUCGCGAAGGUACCAUUAACGAGAGCCAGCGGCUCAACGAUGUGGACUAUCUAAUGGCGCCGCCGCAGUGCAGAUGUGAAAGUGGCUGGCACGGCAGGGAUUGCGGCCAGCCGGAGAUCAUAUGGCGAGCCCUGAUGACGUCCAAUCGGGCCAGCAAACGAGGCGGAAGCACACCGCUUCAACUGGUCGAGGCCAGUUCCACUUCCCUGCACCGCCUGUUCUAUAUGCUGGAACUGGGCGCCUGGGACCACCUUAGUCUGGAGCUCUUGGAGCUGCAAAUUCGAGCCCUCAUCGAGGUUGUGGACUACUUUCUCAUAUACUAUGUGAGCAACGGCAGCAAGGAGCGGAGUCUGGAAACCAUGCUGGGCAGCCAAACGAGCUACACCCUACUCCGCUGCUCUUCCGAGACCAACUGCAGCAGCUCAAUGGCCUACAGUCACUUUAGAAGGCAGCUGUGGCAGCAGUGUGGUGUCCAAAUGCAGGCGCAGGAUCUGCUGCUCCACGGGGACAGUGGCACCGUGUAUGCGCCAGCAGCCCUCAAGUUUCUCAAGUACUAUGCAAAGGAUGUGCUGCCGCUGAAAUUCCGUUUGAAGUACAACGUUUACGGAUUCUACUGGCAGCAUCCGAAGAAGACCCUCUUGAAUGGGGUGAUAAGUUCCUUGGGGCACCUGCACAGUGCCCAAUUGGACGCCCACCGGCUUCACCGGCUGGCGAGCAGCACAUUGGGUGAUCUCAACCACUACGGCGGAUGGCACUGCGAGCUGUGUCUGCCUCCUGAGCAGAUUGUGCUCCUGCUGCAGAGCUCCAGCCACCGAAAGCUACCAGUAAAGCUACCUAACGAUACCCGCAAUGCCCACAUCGAUGCCAACUACAUGCAGCAACUGAUAGCCAAUGGAGUUCACAUCGAUGGCACCACGCAGCUGCACCGGUUGCGGGAGCAGAGCGAGAAGUAUUUCGCUCCCGAGGAGGCGCUGCUGCACAGCAGCCAGUACGGCCAGCUACUGGUGAACCUAUACGAUGUGGACGUCUUGGAAGAUCUGCAGGACGAAGACUAACUACGCCUGUCAAAG